CUGCUACUUGACUUUUGUGAUUUGUGUGCCUGUUAAUGAGUUUAUUAUUCAAAAAUGUUAAUUUAUUCCUACUAAUAACCACUUUAGGAAGGAUGUGAGCAUUCGUGGCUUUUCAUACAUCUAGCCUUUGUGUUUUGUGAAAGUUGUAAUGUAUUUCCUAUAAUAAUUAAUAGAAAAAUGUCAAGUGAAACGAAUGGAAACCCUCCAACUGCCACUAAACGUAAGAAAAACCGGGAUAAGCAAUCACUUUCUAAUUCGAACGGCUUUGACCUCAGUUUUUCCAACUGCAGUAAUUUUCCUUUUAACUCGACUGCAUAUCUCACAGUGCCUGAAAUGUCGACUCACUAUGCAUCAUGUUUGAACUACACCAAUCCUACUGAACCCAUCUCCCUACCAGUAUAUCCUCUGAACUGCCAUCCUAAAUAUAACUGUCCACCUCAUCAUGUCAACUGGAUGAAAGGGAGCUCUAAACACAUGACAAUGCCUAACUUCAGCCAAGCAAAUGGGGACAAUGAAUAUCUGAGUCUACCUGUAGGGAAUGUUGAUCCGACAGAUGAUACUUGCAAACGAAGCUUCUCUGAUCCUGGUCUACCAGAUGAAAGUGACUCUGGAUCAUCAUUUGAUGAUUGUAUUGUACAAAAACUGACCCAGCAGGUGAAUAGUUUAAAGGAGAGUAACAAGAGGUUGACUAAGGAAGUAAUGGAGUUGAAAGUAGAGGUGAACAUGCUAAAGCAACAACAAAGCUACAGGCACUAUGAUAGAGAUUAUGAGCCUGGCAUGGUUGCUGAUAUUAUUAGAGAAGUCAGGGAUGCUGCUAGGGUUAGAGAAGAUGCUCUUUUGGCUAGAGUGAAGCAUUUGAUCGAAGAGAAGCAGUUGGGUCUGAUUGUUAGCAAUAAAAAUAAGAACAGUGAACGGAUAUCAAAAUUAGAAGAGCAAAUGAAACAUUUGAACAUUAAUAACCAAAGGUCAGAAGACAUCAAUAGCCACUUUAGCAAUAUCACAAGUGCCACAGAGGAAUCAAUCAAUAGCUCAACAAAGCAAGUCUUAGAUCUGGAAAAAGAAGCUUUGGAACUCAGAAAAGAACUACAGAAUGCUAAAGCGAAAAAGGAGGAAUCAGAUAAAAAAAUAUCUCAAUUAGAUCUGAAGCUAGCUACUCUUCUGCGCCACAACGAGGCCACAAGUGCAUCUGAGGAGGAUGAGAAAACAACUUGUUCUUCAAUUGAAAAUUUGAGUGUCAUUACAACUGCCACUUCAACAUCUUUGGUUCAGAAUGCACCACCUAGGGUCAUUCUGACAGGUCCAAUCACUGAUUUGUGAUAUGCCAUUUAAAGAAAAAAAGGUGCAUAAGCAUUGGAUUUAUAUUUCAUACUCCACUAUCAAACUCAUGUCAAUUUCAGAAAUACCUCAGACUUCUACUUGUAUGCUUGUAUGGCGGAAAAAGUUCGACGAUUUAUCUCAAUUUUUUACAUAUCCUGUCGAGUUUACUGUUUCCAUAAGGUAACUGUUAAGUCAUUCAUAUCAAUGGUGCUUUUGAGAAAUACCAUGUCAUUGUAGAUUGUAUAUAUCGAAAUUCAGCUUAUUUAUCAAAAUUCCUGAUAUAAACUAUAGUACCAUCCAUAUAUAUUUUAAAUUGUGUGAAAUUGUAUCCAUCUGUUAAUUAUAUUGAACCAUAAACCAUGAAAGAUAGAUUACAUAGCAUUUUUGAUCUAAUAUUUUAUGUUUGUGACAUGCAAUGGUAGUUCAGUUAAUAUUUAUGAUCCAUGUAUGAACUAUGAAGACUUUCACUUAAAUGAUCAUAGAUACAUUUAUAAUCAGUCUUAUGCUAUAUGACAAAAUAUAUUCUACUAGAUCUAGGCGACAAUAAUAUUUUUCAUAUCAUGAUGAUACCUUUCAGUUUAUGUAUUCUUAUUGUGUACUUACUAUCCAGGUUUUUGUUUAAAAUACACUUAAUUCCUUGAAUAUGCAUGCAUCAAUUACAUUAAUGUUCAAUUUUCAGAACAUGGGGGUACAAAAGUAAAAUUUCUAAUGGUGCUUUAUAUAGUGUGCUUAUACAAUGCUUGUAAUUAAUAGCUUACUUAGUUGCUGUAGUAAAUUAUUUCGAUUUAGAAUGCUUUCACUGUGUUAUUGGUAGAAAAUUGGCAUGCUUAUAUUCGUAUAAAACACAUCAUAUAACUUUUGAAGUUGUGCAAAUGUGACCAAAUAGAUAUUUUGGAUUAUUUUUACAGGUUGAGACCUGGAAUUCAGUAACAAUUCGACGAAACGUUAGGAAACAUUGCAUCCAAAAAUGUCUUACUCUGCUUUACAGAUUUUUCAAGUAACAAUGAGUUAUCGAUGAUAGACUCAUUAGUAAAGAAAACAAGAUGUCACGUCUCUGGCAUGACGCUUUUCUUAGCAUCGUAAGAUGAAGACUUUUAUACUUAGAAUUGCAAACAGACACUAAUAUUAGAAGAGAGGGGGAAAUAAUUAAUGUGUAUUUUUUAGUGAAUUAGAGAACUUUUUUAGUACAAGUUUAUAAAUCAUGAUAUAAUGGCCAUAUAUAUUUUAGUUGUACUAGAAAACAACGUAUACUGACAUUUAUUAACGUAUUCUUUCUGAAGAUAGCUAUCUUCAAGUAGAAUACUUAUACUGAUAAUAUUAGAUGUGCUAUUGAUUUUUUUAAACGGCGUAGAUUUUUUAUUUAUCAAGUAGUUGUUUCAUUUUGCAGGGAAUAAUAAACUCAUUACGUUUAUACGAGGGCGGUUCAAUAAGUACCCGUGUUGGGAAUGAAGACACAAUUUUUUCAAAUUUUUUUUUUUAUUUUUCAACAUAGUCUCCUUUUUAGAAACAUACACUUUUCCCAACGUUCCUGCAAUUUUUGUAACCCUCCAAAAUAAUACUAUUUGUCGAACUCUCCAAAAUACGCCUCUGCCUCGGCGAUGACUUCAUCGUUUGAGAAAAUUUUGCCUGCGAGCCAUUUCUUCAUGUUAGGGAACAAGAAAAAGUCGCAGGGCGCCAGAUCGGAUGAAUACGUUUGUAACAGCAUGCCAAAAUGUGGCCGUGUCUCGUUCGAUUUUUUGUCGAAGCGAUCCAAUAACUCACUGUAGUAUUGUCCAGUUAUCGUUCUUCCUUUUUCUAAAAAAUCCAUGAGGAUGACGCCGUUCGCAUCUCAAAAAAUCGUCGCCAUGACCUUUCCGGUCGAUGGGACCGUUUCGCCUUCUUUGGAACAGAUUCACCGGGCGAAAUCCAUUGUUUUGAUUGUUGCUUAGUUUCUGCUAUGUAAUGAUGAAUCCAGGUUGCAUCAACUCGACGCAAAAACUCCUUCGGAUUUCGCUUAAAUUGCUCCAAACACUGCUUCGAAGUUAACAGCAGCUCCCGCUUGUGGUCCACCGUGAGCAAUCGCAGCACUUAUCGGUCCGCCAAUUUUUUGGUCGACACAUCUACGGCCUCUGCUACUUCGCGAACUUUCGUUAGUCGAUCAGCGAGAAUCAUGUCGUAGACUUUUUGAAUGAUUUCCUCGGUAACCACGUCUAGCCGGGCGUCCUGGUCGCUCCGUAUCCAAAACGGAUGUUCGCCCACGUUUAAAUUCAUUGAACCAAUAUCUUACUGUCGUCAUAGAUGGCGAAGUGUCCCCAUAAACAGCAUUAAACUUAGCUUUUAUCUCCUCGCAUUUUUUCCCAUCCAAAAACAAAAACCGUGUUACUCGAAUGGCUGUCAAAUCCAAACUGACCUAUCAGUCUGAAAUUUGUUGUGCCGUCGUUUGAUAGAUGGCAACACACGAUGAUAACACGAACUUUCCUCAGGAACGCCCUCUCGUCAAACACGGGUACUUAUUGAACAAGCCUCGUAUUCUGUAUAAUUCACCUAAAGUCCAUUCAAAUAUUUGUAUAUCCAUAACACAUAAAUUAGUCUUAAAUGGCAGCACGUCGUGGUCCAUACCAAUAAAAAAGGAUUGGUUGAUUACCAUGAAUUCUAAAUUAUUUUUAAGUGUUUGUUAUUCUUGCAACUAUUCACAGAUUCGUAGACUUGAAUGGAUUUCCAAUUUUUUUACCCUACAUGAUUGUUUUUUUGAGCGGUGCAUUGGAAAUAUUUAAAAUAUUUUUGUAAUAAUAGCCUAAUUUUAGCAGAAAUAAGAAUAUGUCCGUCCAUUUUUAAACAACAUUCGCUGACAAAGUACAUAGUGCCUUUUUACAUAAUAUAUAAUUGGCGGGGAUUCAAAUCAAGUCGUUCAUUUUAAAAUUCAGAUCGUUCAAUGUAUCUGAUAAUUACUUGAAAGAGACUCAACCAUCAGGGGCACAAGCAAUAUGAAGUUUUACCUCUGACAACGUAGUUAUGCCCCUGCCUUAAAAUUGGAUAUAUGCUGUUCCGCUUCUGCUCAGUAAGUAACUCACAAUUGAUUUGAUUCCCAACUACGUGUAUUUCUUACUCCUUAUCAAAAGUGAAAUUAUGACAUUCCCAUAUCAUCUAUUGUGAUUUUUGAAUCAUAUAUUUUUAUAAUGCAGUUUGCGUUUUAUCAUACUCGUGUUGUAUUUUCCUUUUGUUUCAGGUAUUCUAACAAACAAUAAUAGUAUAAUCAGUUUAUAUUCCAUUAAUUUGUAAUUCUUCAUAACAGUUUUAACAUUAUAAUAGAUGGUGAGGUGACUAUGUAAUGAAACAAUGAAGCAACUAGUCCAGGAAACAAGUGUGAAAAAGCCUUACACAAGUACUUUAUUUGUUUUUAUCGUAUGUUGUAUUGAAACAAGUCUUUAUCGAGAAUAUCGUAAUAAGUAUGUCCGACUGCCCAACUUGUCCAAGUAAGGACAACGUCAAGUUAGGGAAAAUUGAUCCUUCUUAAAAUAUUUUUACUAAAAGUUGCCUUUACUACUGCUAGUAUACGAAUAACAAAGUUCAUCCUUUUAGCUUUUCUGUUAAUGGUAACAUGUUUCAAAUAAAGAUAAACUUUUGAUAUGGAGUCAGUUCCUGUUGCAUCACAGUAUUGGGAAUAAACUGGUCCUUCAAAGACGAUUAAAAUUCUCCAUGUUCCCUGGACUAAGUUAUUGGCAAACAACCGCCUCUACUUUACUGCAAAUAUUUGCUCGACGUUUAAUGGUGUAGCAGUUUAUACAUAGUAGAUUGUUGACGAAUUACAAAUAUAUUUUUAUAACAUU